GCAGCGGAUUGGGGUGGGCAGGGUCGACAUGACGGACUGUACCAGAACUUUCUAACAGCCGGAGCAGCUGCUUCAUGUUCGGUGCCAGAACUUUGUAGCUGUUCGGAGCAGCUGCUCCGUGUUCACGUUUAGACGUUUCUCGUUUUUGUUUUGUUUUUUUUUUGUUUUUUUUUACCGGAUAAAGUCGCUCCGUGGAGGCUUCCGUGAACCCCACAGGAGAGAAGAAACAGGACACGCCUGGUUCCAGACUUUCUGGUGUUCCUCAGGACUCCAUACUGGGUCCUCUUACUUUUCCGUCUACAGAUAUUACCACGAGAGUGAACAAUGCUGCUGCUGCUGCUGUUUGGAGCUCUGUCGGUCGGAGGAUAUUUCCUUCUGCACAUGACUGUUCUGAAACUUCCCAGAUGUAAAAGUGCUGCAAAGCUUCACGGGAAAACAGCCGUCGUCACCGGAGCGAACACCGGCAUCGGUAAGACCACAGCGAUGGACCUGGCCAGGAGGGGGGCCAAGGUGAUCCUGGCCUGCCGGGACAGACGGAGAGCUGAAGCUGCCGUCCAGGAAAUUAUCCAGGAAACAGGGAACCAGCAGGUGAUCUUCAUGCAGCUCGACCUGGCCAGUCUGCAGUCAGUUCGUUCCUUCGCCGAUAACUUCCUGAAGUCCGAGUCCAGGUUGGAUCUGCUCAUCAACAACGCAGGUCUGAUAGCUGAUGGAAAGACAGAAGACGGCUUCGGGAUGAUCUUCGGCAUCAACCACCUGGGUCACUUCCUGCUGACAGUGUUGCUGUUGGACCGGCUGAAGGCCAGCGGGCCGAGCCGUGUGGUGAACGUCUCCUCCAGUGGCUACAAGCUAGGCAAACUGGAUUUUAACUGCCUGACAACCCACAGAGAUUUGGCUUUGGGUAGCAGCUACGUCCAGCUCUUCCAGAAGUACUGCCACAGCAAACUGUGCAACAUCCUGUUCACCUACGAGCUGGCCAAGAGGCUGCAGGGGUCCGACGUCACCUGUUACAGCCUCCAUCCCGGGUUCAUUAAGACGGAGAUCGGUCGCUACGCUAGUUUCUGGUGGAGGCUCUUCAUCACUCCUCUCAUCUUCCUGUUCGCUGUGGAUGCCGACUCUGGAGCCCAGACCAGCCUCCACUGUGCCCUGGAGCCAGGCAUCGAGCACCUCAGCGGACACUACUUCACCCAGUGUGCCCCGGUGCUCAGCAUCGAGCCGAAGGCGAGGGACGACGCCGCUGCCAAGAAGCUGUGGGAGCUCAGCGAGAGUUUCUGUGACCUGUAGGAGAACCAGGCCUGAAACCAGACAUUUGGUUUCAUUCCUGCUGAUGUAACCCUCACAUGUCCAUUUAAAAUCACACGCAGGACCUUAAAGACAAGAUGUUUGCAGGAAUUAAAACAUGAUAUAUUAACAUUACGUUCCACUUUCUACAUUUCUACAUUUUGAGCCUGAGUAUAACUACCAACUCUUCAUUAUUUUCAGUAUUUUACAAUACAUUUUAAAAAAGCACAAAAUGAAUUACUUUCCUUUAGGUCCCUUUUAGGACCUUAAAGAAAAAACUGUCCUUGACUUAAAAAACUUCCAUAAAAAUAUCAUAUAUUCAUAUUAUUUUCCACUUUGUUGGGUUCAUCCAUCCUGAUUACAACUGGCAAAAACAAACAAACAAACAAAAAAAACGAACACUGAAAGAAAUUAUUUUCCAUAUAAGUGCUAAUUGGAACAAUUACACUUAAAGACAAAAACAUCGUCGACCAAGAAACCGCCAGAAUACCAGCCCGAUCAUAACCAUCAAAUGUUCAUUAAUUUUCAGGAUUUUAAUAUGAAAAAAUAACACAAAUGAGGUAUUUUCUAUACAAGUGCUGGAUUUUGAUGAUAUGAUCACAGCUUCGGAUGUGUCAGCAGUUCAACACCUUUGAUUUUGAUGCAUAAUUAUUUUUUGUGAGGUGUCAGAUUAAAAAAAAAACACACAAAAAAACAAGAAAAAAAAACUCAAAGAAGUAGGACCUUAAAGACUAAAAUGUCCUCAACCACAAAACAAAACAAAGUGCAGUCAGAUACAAAAAGAAGUCAUGUUAAGACCUUAAAGACUGUGUUUGUAAAAAAUAAUAAUAAAAAAUCUCUAUGAAAAGAAAAUAAAGUAAUAAUUUAAAACAAAUCUCUGUGUGUAUAUUAUUUUGUCUGGGAUAUGUCAGUUUAUUUACAUGAGGGCAAUUGUUUGUUUUUAUAAAUUAAAAAACAAACAGGAAAUGAAUUAUUUUCCACAUAAGAUGUGAAAAGUGGUUAAUGGGUUUUUCUGGUGACAUUUUUGUCUUUAAGGUCCUCAGUGUGACUUUCUUUGUGUGCUAUUAGUGUGUUAUUGAGAUAUUACUGAUAGGAACUCAAGUUGAAGUGUCAAGAUUCCUCCCAAAAUGACACCUUUUCCAAACGUAACCACCUGCUUUAACAUAGUCAAACGAUUUUUAAAAAGUUAAUAAAAAGGACAAAAGUGUCUCUGAGGUCAUGUACACGUUGUUUAGUGUUUGAGUUGAAGCCGUUGAAGUGAUUCUGUGUUUACGUGUUUUUACAGCUUAACUAGAAGAAUGAAAACCAGAGCUUUAUACCAACACCAUCCUAAUAAAUACCACUGUCUAAUGUA